AUGGUUGGUGACUCACUGGGCUUAGUUCUGGUGAUCCCAGUAAAUAAAGAUGCUAGACGUGCAGGAGAAAUUGAUCAGAUCGCCUUUGAAAUCGAUCUUUUCCAUAGUGGUCUGAGGGGUUUGUUCCUCUUCGGGCAUGCUACAUCGGAUCAAGUCUUCCAGGUGAGUGUCAGCGAAGAGUGGGAAGGUGGUAAUGAAAUUGGCUCCAAUGCCAAUAAGAAAGCUGCCACUAAUAAGUUAAGUGAAGUGCAUCAGAAAGGCUUGCACUUGAUCAUCAUCCACGGCCAUACCUACUCUUCUGGCCUUCCACUUGAUCUGCCGGUAGUUACUGAGAUGUUUCAGCUAGGGGGAAAGAGUGGUAUGACCGAUAUUCGACCCAAGUCAAUUGGAACUGCUUUGGAACAAGCUCAUGAGCUACGUCACUACUCACUAGUUGCCCACCCGAAUUCCCACCCGCUUCAGGAACCCAUACACCUGAAGCUCCUCAAGCCCAGGAAAGAGCUUAGCUCAAAGGUUACAGCUUGUUCUCCAAGCUAUGGACAAAACAAAGAAAGGCAAAGCAAACUGCCUUGUAGAUUCCAGUAUGAACUCAAGGCAAUUCACUCUUGUAACGAGGGUCAAGUCUUUUCCAAUCCAAUAUGCUCAACCCUGAAUGGGAUUGAUUGGAGGACUGGGUUUGAACCAAUUGAGAAGCGGUUGUUCGCCUGUAAUGUUAUGUUACCUUGGGUGAAAAAAGGAAUAGCCGUUCUCUCCUGA